AUGUUUUUUGAGAUUUGCAAAAUUUAAAUCUAAUAACCUUAUAUGUAAAUUAUUCAUAAAUUCAUAGCCGAUAAUGACAAAUUCUUUUUCAAUUAAGAAAUUAUUUAUUCAAAUUUUUAUAAUCAUUGUUAAUCUUCAUUAAAUAAUAUUAAUGAUUUUUAUUAAUUUUUUGCUAAUUUUUCGCCAUUCAUUCCCAAAUUUCGAAGCAAUCAUUAGUAAAAUAAAAUUUAAUUCAACUAGGAAUUAAAGUAAGUGGGUAGACUAAAAUUUAAUUAGAAGGCUUAAUUGUAAUCAAUAAUUGGCUAGAUAUAUGAAACUACCUGAAACAAAUUUAUAAUUCACAUAGAGUAACACUAUAUGGUACUUUUAAAGUAGAAAAUCUAAAAAAAUAAGAAACGGUGUUAAUAUUGCUGGUUUAAAGUAUGUCCAUACUAAAAUAAUGUGGAAUACAGGUAAGAAAUUAAUUUAAAUUGAGAUAGUCAAUUAUUAUGAGAUUAGAAUCAGAAAAAUUAGAGAUAAUUUGAGAAUGAAUAGAUUGAUCACGCAAAAUUAUGAUCCUUUUAAGCUUAUUGAUUUAAAGCCAUGUAAUUUAUUAUUCAAUUUUUAAGAGUAAUUUUCAUAAAAUGGGGAAUUGGUUAUAAAACAAAAUAAUGAUUUUAAUGAAAGAAAGAAAAAUAAUCAAAUUCAUUCUAAAAAAAAUUGA